AGCCCUCCUCGUCCAAAAAGAGACAGUCCGUUUAUACUGAACGUGAAUUGCACAUUUUUGUGCUGAACAUUUUUGCUCGUUUUUAGGGAAACCAAAUAAACUCCAAAAUGUCUAUUAUGUCAUAUAACGGCUCGGCCGUUGUGGCCAUGAUAGGUAAAGACUGUGUUGGGAUAGCGUCAGAUAGGCGGUUUGGUGUCCAAGCUCAGACUGUCUCAAUGAACGCACAGAAGAUCUUUACGAUGGGACCAAGGCUCUAUCUGGGUCUCUCUGGGCUGGCUACCGAUAUAACAACAGUAUCCAACAGAUUAAAGUUCCGACUGAAUCUCUACACAUUGCGAGAAAAUAGGGACGUGAAACCAGAGACGUUCAUGAGUAUGGUAUCAAACCUACUGUACGAAAGAAGGUUUGGGCCAUACUUUAUUGAGCCUGUGAUUGCUGGUCUGGAUCCCAAGACCUACAAGCCUUUCAUCUGUAAUCUGGAUCUUAUUGGAUGUCCCAUGUUCACUGAUGACUUUGUAGUAGCAGGAACAUGUACAGAGCAGCUCUACGGCAUGUGUGAAUCCGUCUGGGUUCCAGACCUUGCACCUGAUGAUUUAUUUGAGACCCUGUCACAAGGUCUUCUGAAUGCUGUAGACAGGGAUGCACUAGCAGGAUGGGGAGUUGUAGUACACAUUAUAGAGAAAGACAAAGUGACAACACGAGAGGUUAAAGCCAGGAUGGACUAGCAUUCCUAUCAUCUUAUUGUUUCUUACAUAUACAUGUACAUAUAUUUGUUCUUGUUUUUGUUUAUUCA